UCUCCGGUUCGCGUUGUUGGUUAUUUUUCCCACACACACAUCUAUUUAACAUAGACCUCCACUCUCUCUCCUCUGUUCCAAAAAAAAACAGAGAUAAAACAGAGAGAGAGAGAGAUCAAUGUUCUGCUACAUUCCAUGGCUAUAACAGGCACAGACUCCCAGCAGCAAAGCUCAACUAAACCAUCCCCAGUUCCUCCACCAGUCGAAGUCCAGUGCGUAAAAUGCCACUCCUGCGGGUUCACAGAGGAUUGCACCCCAGCCUACAUCUCCCGCAUCCGAGACCGCUACCAGGGCCGUUGGAUUUGCGGGCUCUGCGUCGAGGCGGUAAAAGACGAAGUGGUGCGAUCAGAUAGGCUCAUCUCCACGGAAGAGGCCCUGAACCGCCACAGCAAUUUCUGCAAAAAGUUCCGGUCGCGGAAAGAAACAGAGCACCCCAUCUUCGCCAUGGGUCGGAUUUUCCGGCGGAGCUUGGAUACUCCGAGAGCCCUGAGGUCAAAUUCCGAUAGUAACCUAGGGGAAGUUGAAGGGGUUCGCUGGCCGCCGCUUGUUCGAUCGGGAAGUUGCUUCCCUUCUCUGUCUAGGUGAAAAUGGUAAAAACAGAGGAUUAAAAGGUAAAUAUGUGAAACAGAGGAACUCUGUUUUUUACUGGGAUACGGUAAUAAAUUGGAACUAAGGUAAUUUUGGGUCGGUUUUUCUUGCUCUAAUUGGGAUUAUUAGUAUCAUUGUUUUUUUUUUUUCCUAGAAUUUUAUGUACAUAUUUCAUGUGUUAAAAAUACAUUUUAUGUUCUCUUUCA